GUGGGAUUUUGAGUUUCUAAUGGAAUUAUGGUGAAUGAUAUUAGGGAUUUGGGAGAUGUAGAAUUGUUUCUGUUAAUGAUGUUCUGGAAAUCUGAUUUGAAAUCCAUUGAUUUUGGGAUUUUCUUUUGUGUGAUUGAACGGGGUGAGGGCAGAACCAUAGUAUGCUAGGAGUUUUGGGUUGAGGUUCCCUUUUGAUUUUCUUUAUGAUCACGCACAUAAGGACUGUUAGGUAGCAUGCUUGUUAGGUUUUGUGUCUUGUUUGAUGAGAAACAACUUUAAUCACUUAUUUUGGAACAUAAAACGGACUGGUCAUUUUCCUGGUAUGAACCGUGACUUUCGAAGCCUUUUAGAGCCUGUUUAGAGUGCUCGAAUAAUGUUGCGUUGAACUGAGAAAGUGUAGGCCUUUGAAAGAGCUUUCUGGUAUGAUAUGGUACAUAAUUUUUGGUUGAGAGACGAGGUCUGUAAGUUCAGUUUAGUAAACCAUGUUUUUCUGCGCUCUGUAUCUGCUAUCUCUGCCAGUGAACUUCAACGUGAUUUUUCACCUUGUUAAUGUGCCCAGAAAAUUCUUUGAUGAACUAGAAAGAGGUAAUUAGGAGGAGUAGUCUAUAGCCUUUAUUUCGAGUUGGAGUCCUUGCUCUGAUACGUAGCACUCGGGGGGGAAAUGGACGCUUGUUUUCCUUCUGUUAUAAUUUGAAUUAAGUUGUUAUUUGAGAAGUUGUUUCUGUUUUAAGUUGUGGGCAAGAUACUAUGUUUUCUUUAAGUUUUAAAGACACUGGAUUCGCUGCAUAACUAUUUGUCAAAGUGAACUAGUUCAAAGACUAAUUAACUGUCACAAGAGCAUUUAAGUUUAUUUAUGAGUUCAUCUCAAAGUUUAUGUGCUAUGUAUCUGUUACAGGAGCAUUAUGAUAAUGUUUUAAGUGAUUAUGUAAUGCCCCAUGAGUGUUAGAAUUUUUAUCACUCUGAUAUUUGCAAUACAUAUACCGUUUAGAAUUGGGGUGUUACAUUAGUGGUAUCAGAGCAAUGGUUGGUCAGUGACCAAGUUUUUAGUAUAAUAUAUAUUCUAAUACUUACUGAUACUCGAUAUGUGUAAGUAGCACUAUCGAGCUGUUGUUUGAUAAGAGUUGUUGGCUGUUUGGAGAUUCAGGAAAAUGGUUGCCGGAAGGAAUGAUGAAGCUAUCGCUGAGGCAUUGGCAAUGUUGGUUGGCGCCAUUGGGCAAGGUCAGCAAGCGAACCUUGGGAACCAUAAUCAGGAUGAAUUCCGUGCUUUGGGAAAGUUUCAGAGGAACAAUCCGCCAACCUUUGAAGGAGCAUACGACCCUGACAAAGCACAGGCAUGGCUGAAAGCAAUUGAGAAGAUCUUUCGAGUCAUGAAUUGUACUGACGCGCAGAAGGUGCAGUUUGGCACCCAUAUGCUUGAGAAAGAAGCUGAAGAUUGGUGGGACAACACUGUUCAGAGGUUUGAAGGUGAUGGGAUGGAGAUUACUUGGGAUCUUUUCAAGGGUGCAUUUCUGGAGAAGUACUAUCCAGAAGAUGUGCGUGGAAAGAAGGAAAUUGAGUUUCUUGAACUCAAGCAGGGUAAUGGAACCGUGGCGGAGUAUGCUACAAAGUUUGAGGAAUUGAUUAAGUUUUGUCCCCACUACAAUACUGCCGAAGCUGAGAGAUCUAAGUGUAACAAGUUUGUGAAUGGUUUGAGACCUGAGAUCAAGAAGGUUGUGGGAUAUCAACAGAUUAUCCGAUUUUCUGACCUGGUUAACAGGAGUAGGAUAUAUGAUGAGGAUAGCAGGGAAAGUGCUGCUCACUACAAGUCUUUGAAAGAGAAGAAAGAAAAGGGGCAAUUCAGAGGGAAACCGUAUGGGAAUCCUGUUGAUAACGGUAAACAAGAAGCUGGUAAUGACAAGAAGCCGAGUGGGGGAGGAGCUCCUAAUCCGGUUAGGUGCUACAAGUGUGGUGUUGAAGGACAUCGUUCUCCUGAAUGUCCCAAUUCAGAAGCAACAUGAUUUAAGUGUGGCAAGCUGGGCCACAAAUCCUUUGAGUGCCUAGAAGGUAAAACUGUGGCAUGCUACAGAUGUGGAGAGCAAGGUCACAUCAGUACUAAUUGUGACAAACCCAAGAAGGAUCCUGCAAGGGGGAAGGUGUUUGCUUUAUCUGGUGCUGAGACUACUGCUGAGGAUAGACUAAUUCGAAGUACGUGCUUUAUUAAUGGCACAUCUUUGAUUGCCAUUAUUAUUAUGGGUGUGAUGCAUUCUUUAUUUCAUUGGAGCUUGAGAGUCAGAUGAGAGAGUCCUACCCCGAAUUGUUCGUUUAAGGAAAUUUUCGAGGGCGAAAAUUCUUAAGUGGGGGAGAGUUGUAACACCCCGUUUUUAAUUAAAAUAAUGUUGGUAUUUUAUUUUAAUUAAGAUUAUAUUGUAUGGGGGUUUAAUAGGUGAUAUAUUAAUACUUUAAUGAAAUAAAAUAAUUUUUUUGUGAUGCUGAGUGUGUUUUAUGAAAUGGAAGAGAGCUAGGGGGUGAAAGUUAGGAUUAAAAAUAGAGACAAGGACUAGGAGAGAUUUUAGGAUUUUUAGUUUAGCCCUUGAGGAAUUAGGUUUAGAUGGUUUAAUAAGGAUGGGGAAGCAGCUAAAGAAAAAAAAAAUAAGAAAGAAGAGGACGCGUGAAAGAAGGAGAAAAAAAAAAGAAGAAGGUUGUGCGUGAAGUAGCAGGAAGAGAGGGAGAGCGGAUCGGCUUCGGAGAAUUCGAUCGGGAACGGGGAGCUGCACUCAAUCCAAAGGUAAUUAGGAGGAGUAGUCUAUAGCCUUUAUUUCGAGUUGGAGUCCUUGCUCUGAUACGUAGCACUCGGGGGGGAAAUGGACGCUUGUUUUCCUUCUGUUAUAAUUUGAAUUAAGUUGUUAUUUGAGAAGUUGUUUCUGUUUUAAGUUGUGGGCAAGAUACUAUGUUUUCUUUAAGUUUUAAAGACACUGGAUUCGCUGCAUAACUAUUUGUCAAAGUGAACUAGUUCAAAGACUAAUUAACUGUCACAAGAGCAUUUAAGUUUAUUUAUGAGUUCAUCUCAAAGUUUAUGUGCUAUGUAUCUGUUACAGGAGCAUUAUGAUAAUGUUUUAAGUGAUUAUGUAAUGCCCCAUGAGUGUUAGAAUU